AUGAAAAGCCAUGAUUGCCAUGUUUUUAUGCAAAGAUUGUUGCCGAUUGCAUUCCGCGAGAUGUUGCCAAAAAAUGUGUGGGAAGCAGUUACUGAGAUAAGUCUUUUCUUCAAAAGCUUAACGUCAACAGUAAUUACAAUAGAAGACAUGAAAAGGAUUGAAGCUGAGAUCCCGAUAAUUCUUUGUAAAUUAAAGACCAUCUUUGUCCCUGGUUUCUUUGACUCGAUGGAGCAUUUGCCAAUACAUUUACCGUAUGAAGCAAUGAUAGCUGGUCCCGUGCAAUAUCGAUGGAUGUAUCCAUUUGAGAGAUUUCUUCACCAGUUGAAAAAAGAUGUGAAAAAUAAAGCUAGAGUGGAAGGGUCGAUUUGCAAUGCAUACUUAGUUCCACAUUCUUACAUAUUGGUUAAUGAAGAGAAGAUGCAACCUUACCUUAGGAAGUAUGAAGAGUCAUUGAAAGACCUAAAUCCGGAUAUAAGUGAAGAUGAUCUUGCUGCUGAAGUGGAUGAAAACUUUGCUACAUGGUUUCAAAACUAUGCACGCCAAAAUGAAAUAAAGAACAACAUCUUAAGGUUUUGAAAUGUGUCAAAGGAAUGGAAUCCGUCAAAGAAAUGGAAUCGGUCAAAGGAAUUGGAAUUUGAAGAAAUUGAAAUGUGUCACGUGUCUGGUUAGAAGAGUUUGUAAGGAGAAUGAAAUGUGGCACCACAUGCUUAGAGCUUAUUAUAUAGGUGAAGAAAAGAUUAUUGUUUUUUUCAUGUCUUUUUUAAAAAUCCAAGCUUAAUUGGUAGGCAAAAAUCUGAUGUCUUUUUUAAAAAGUAUCAUGGUAUAAUAAACACACAAAUAAUGGUAAUAGCGACCUACUUUUUGUUAUAAUCUGUAAAGGGGUAAAAAAGUCAAUUUUAGUUUGUGUUGAGG